CUAAAUCUCAUGUACUGCUUCAGCAAAAUUCUUGAGGGGAGUCAUUAUGUUUCUAUCAGUAAUGACUUCUGCGAUUCACCCAAUUCCCUCAGUUCCUGAAUUAUUUCGUUAGUAUUUGGCAUCAGAUAUGAUAUGUUUGUUUUCCUUCUUGGAUGAAUUGUAAAUUUCGUUUCAAAUCGAGUAACUAAGUCAAUUAGCGUACAUUAAAUUUUUUAUAUAUCUAAAACUAAAAAUGUUCUCAUUCAAUGUCUUUCAUGAGCCUGUAAGACCAUUUAACACUCAAUAUCGUUGUUAUUCUGUGUCUAUGUUGCCUGGAAAUGAACGUCGUGAUGUGGAAAAGGGUGGGAAAAUUAUUAUGCCACCAUCUUCAUUAGACCAUUUAGCUCGUUUAAAUAUUGUGUAUCCUAUGUUGUUCAAGUUGACAAAUAAAAAAACCAAUCGUUGUACACAUUGUGGAGUAUUGGAAUUUGUGGCUGAUGAAGGUAAAGUCUACUUGCCUUAUUGGAUGAUGCGAAAUCUUCUACUAGAAGAAGGUGGAAUGCUGCAUAUUGAAAAUGCUACUUUACCUGUAGCUACAUUUUCAAAGUUUCAGCCACAGAGUGAAGAUUUUCUUGAUAUUACUAAUCCCAAAGCUGUGUUAGAAAAUGCUUUGCGGAAUUUUGCUUGUCUCACUACUGGUGAUCUUAUUGCAAUUGAAUACAAUGACAAAAUAUAUGAAUUUUUAGUUCUUGAAACAAAACCCCAGAAGGCAGUUUCAAUAAUUGAGUGUGACAUGAAUGUAGAGUUUGAUGCUCCAGUUGGUUAUAAGGAACCAGAACCUAGACCUGCCGUUGAAGAAGAUAGUAAUCCUGCAUUAAAGGAGAUUGAGCUACCACCACCAGAUUCUUUUAUUGCAUUUCGAGGCAAAGGUAACCGGUUAGAUGGCAAAACUAAAGGUACAGAAUUGCCAAUCACUGCAUUAAAUGUUCCACCACCAAAGAGAGGAAUUCCUGAUUAUGAUUAUGAAAUUGGAACUCUCAGAUUUAUACGCACAACUAAAACCGAAGAUAUCGAUAAUGAUAAACCAAUUGAAGAUGCUUUCUCUGCCUUCUCAGGGAAAGGCUGGACUUUAAGACAAAAAAUUGGGAAUUGAGUUUUGAAAUAAUAACUGUACGUGUAUAUUUAUUAACAAAAAUUAAAUUGUAUAUUCCUUUUA